UCGUGAGUUCACUUCACCUCUGAUUUAUGUGGAAAAGUUGGCAGUCACUUUCGAUCAUAAAGGAUAAUAACGUAUAUAAUUAGAGAGCACAUAAAGUGUAAUAUUAUAGACAGCUCCGGCUUUCCAUAUCUAUAGCUACUAUUUUUGUAUGAGUCAUGCACGGAAUAAACAAGUCGUCCUGUGACUUAAAAAUGUUUAACCAGAUCACUACCCAGACCCAAAUUAAAUGUACCGAUAAAGGAGAAGUAACUCUGUGUUUGAGUUUGGAGUUUGUUUUAAACUUUAUCAAUAACUCAAGCGGUACGCAAAUAAAUUCUAAAAAUAGUAUAUUGGAAAUCCCGCUUUCGGUUUUAGUAGCUUGUUAGUUUAUUGCUGACGAACUUGAUAUUUUUAUAAAAUUGGAUCAGAAGUUUAAAAUACAGUCAUGUCUGGGAUACGAGUGUCCGGGUUACCAGCAAACGUCUCAGACAAACACCUCAAAGUAUACUUCAGCAACCCAAGAAAUGGCGGAGGGCGUAUCCUGAAAAUAUACCAUCCCCUACCCCAUGCGUCUGCUGUGGUGCUGUUCGACGAUAAAAGAGUUGUGCAAGAAAUUCUGAAAAGAGAUCAUCAGUUUUCAGGAAAGCCUGUUGACAUAUCAGCAACGCCUAAACAGGUGUUCCGGCGAGCUGUUGCUGAGAUAGAAAAAACCGUCUCUAACUUUCUUAGUAUCAACCCCCAACUUGUGGACGAGCUACAGUUCAUUGGGGAAGUCAACGUAAACUUUCAGUAUGAGAAGGAAAGAUAUCUUCUUGACGGGUCGUGGUAUCAGAUCGAAUGGGCACUACAUUAUCUAGACACGAUGCUAGACGCAUUCCAGUUUGAUCCAAAUUCAGAUUUUGAGCUACCAGGGCCUGUUUCAAAUACACAAGGGCAGUCAAGAGCAAGAGAGCCAAGAAGUCAGGACGCGUUCCGAGACGAAAGCCCGCCUCGCAGUCAUGAGAUCAAGCGUCCGAAUAUACCGGUUGUAAAGCGUCCACAGGAAAAUGAGCCGCCCAAAUCUCUCCCGGUUUCGACUGGUACUCCCUUGUCUAAUUUCCGUAGGUUGACUGGUAAACAGUCUAGAGAAACAGAAGAUUUAAUUCAGAGGCCAACUAAGAACAAAAACGUCAUGCCGGCUGGAGGUGCGGCGGGAGGAAUCACGGCACCGAGUUCUGUGGAGAGCAAACUGUACGGAGUAACUUUACGUUCAAAUCUUAAUGACGAGAAACAAGAACGGUACCAGGCUCGCGGGGCUCAGAAAUAUACUGAUGAGGAGGAGGAUUGGAACACAGGAAGACGUAGUCGUGAUGCUUAUCCGGCGUACAAGAAUGCCUUUGACAGAGAAGCUGACUCUGACAGUGAAAACGAAGCAACUUUGGCUGCGGCAUACGACAGACGAGUUGGUUUUUCAAGUGACACGAACUUUGAUGAAAACAUAGGAAGGCCUCAACGAGCCGUCCCCAGGAUGACCAAAGGCAUAGAUGUUGCUAGGACGGAUUUUGGCGAAGCACCACUUACGUUCACGUUCGAACUUCCUGGUAACAUGAAAGUGCACGUUGCUAUGGAUGACAUCACGAAGCAGACGACAGACACGAUCAUAAAUCCAACAACUCCGGAAAUGUCGAAUGUUUACGGAGUUUCCCGAGCCAUAACGGCCGCAGCCGGAUUUGAAAUGCAGAUGGAAUGUCGACGUUAUGUUGAAGAAAACGGACCAAUGAAUUUUGCAGGUGUUACGCACACCGCAGCAGGAGGAGGGUUGAGUCAGAAAGUCGGAUUCGUGUUACACACAGCUGGACCGCAUUGGCGGGAAGAGGAAAGCGAGAACUGUACACAUAUGCUUGUGUGUACCUAUAUCAACUGUUUCCAGUAUGCAGACGAGAAAUUGUGGGUUCAGUCUUUGGCCACUCCUCUGAUCAGUGCCGGGGCAUUUGGAUUCCCGCUGGACGUGUGUAUAGGAGCUUUCUACGAUGCUCUGUUACUGUUCUGUACCCGUACUACGACAAAGCGCCAUCUGAAGGAAAUACACCUCGUGUGUUUUGACCAGGAUUCCGCCAUGGCUACCAUCAUGAUUGUGAAGUCUUUACUCGAUUGUGAUAACGCCCAGUCGGCUGUAGCUGCUACUGAUAGAUACUGGAUGCGGUCGUCUAAAUACAAUUUUCAAGCGGAGAACUUUGGAAAGCGAAAUGAGCAAAAGGCUGAUACCGACGAGUCAGACAAAGAGGAUGAUGACAUAAAGGGUGACGUAACUGGUGCUGAUGGCGAGAAAACUAGAGAAAAAGAGAAAGAAGAAAGUAUGAAGCAUAAGGAAAAGGUGGAAAGGUCUGAUGAUUUAAGUGACUCGGACAGUGAAAAGAAGGAAAUAGUUAUUCCGUACGUAAAUGCAAGCAUUGCAAUGGGAAAACCUGGACAGGUUGCAAAAGGGACGUCAUUUUCGGAAAAAUUGGAAUUGAAAAAUAUUGACAAAGAUGAUGACAAUAGUGAUGACCAUAUGGAACAUGUGGUUAAAGAUAAGGAAAAGGACUUUAAUCCUUACGUAAGUGCAAAAAUAGCAGAAGGAGAGCCCGGAAAGAGUAGUCUUAAGUCUUCAUUUACUGAAAAUCUGGACUUAGAACAUGUAGAUAAAGAUGAAAGUGAUAAUGAAAGUAAAAGUGACGUUGAAAAUGUAGAUGGUAAUAAAGUGUAUGAGGAGGAACACAAGCAUGAAAAUGAAAAGAAUGAAGAUUUACAGCCGGUUGUGAAGUCACAUGAUACGGAAGAAGAUGAUAAAAGAAACGAAGACGUUGACGAAGAUCAAGACGAUGAUGAGGGUAGAGACGAAGUUAGGGAGUCGCAAGCUGCACGGAAAGACAGUGGAGACAAUUUUAAAGUGUCUAUCAACAAAACUAGUCUAACAGAUAGUGAAUGGAGCAUGGUACCCGGAAAUGACGUCACAAAAGAUGCUGAUGUAUCUGAUAACGAAGACGCGGAUGAGGAAAAGGGGGAGGAACUCUUCUUAUAAUUAAUAGAAUAUACGUUGCGUGAAAGUGCUUUGUUACAAGUAUAGAUAUAGGCAAUGUAUAUUGUAGCACUGUGCCAUGGUGAAAGCUGUAUACAUGUAAUCAUAUACAAAGUCACCAAAUAUGAAUCAAGUGGGCAUUAGAAAUGUUCAUAAUUUCUUUGAGUCAAUUGGUGAAGUCGGUGGUGUUAAAAGUUGCUAUUUCUAAUGAUACACCUGUGUUGAUACUUCAGUAUAUUUAAGUAGCCCUAACCUGUGCGUUGUGAAGCAUGCGGAAAACAAUUACAUAGUCAUGUAUUUAUUUUCGUAGCUUCUGUUGAAAAUGUUAUUUGUUGGAAUACUUGUUUUGAUUAGGUUAUACGUAUUAUCAUAUAAAAUAACCGCGGGUCCCACGGAAACUAAAAUAGAGCCUACAUCACCGAGUUUAUAAUACUAUUAAGCAGAUUUGUAUGUCUUGUUUUCCGUGACAUAAAGGUCUUAUAUAAAACCAGCGCUUUUCAGAAAUAGGUACUUAAGUUAUUAAAAUAUAAAUGCCACGAAAGUCAUUGUAAUGAAAACGUUAAAAUAUUUCGGAAGUUACCGAUGGAGGAAUAUUUUACACUGAAAUGUUAAUUAAAGAGAUGGAUUCAGUUAUAUCCAAUAUUUUCACAAAGCCAUGUGCUGCAAUAUAGUCUGUUUGUGUAGGUUAUAAGUUGAAUACAGCAGCUUGAAGAUAUUAAUUUCGAGCGAGCUAUAGCGAAGCGAGAAAUUAAUAUCUUAAAACUGCUUUAUUCAAUUUAUAACCGUCUUACAGUUAGCCAUUAAUUUUAAUACAUACAGUAAAUGUGACAACUGUAUGUUACAUAGAAUGGCCAGAUGUGAACGAAAUUUAUUACAUACAGUUAAUGUGACAACUGUAUGUAAAAUAGAAUGGCCAGAUGUGAACGAAAUGGAGCAGUUCCAUUGGCAGAACAACUUUGGUGCAUUAAAGCGGUCGUCGUUUAUUCAAUAUAAAAGUUUGCUUUAUUGCUAUUUGGGAGUUUAUAUAUUAAUAUGAUUUAUUUACUGUAUGCUAGUCCAUGGAGUCUACAUAUAAACUGAUUUAAUAAGAAUAGUGCAUAUCAUUAUGGAAGGCCGUCACGGUGAUGGUAACAUGGGACCGAAACUAGUUACUCUAAAAUCUUUAGAAAAAAAAUAUUUUUAACAGAAGCAAAGUUAUGUAAAGAAAGCCAAUGACUUUUUCCAAGGAAUACAUUCAUCUACUGAUAUAUUUAAUCUUUGUUUGAAUAAGCAAUUUACAAAGCACGUUACAAUAAGCAAUUGGCGAUUAUUGUUUCGGAUUCCUCAAAUAUCAGUUAGCAUUUACUAUUUGACAAUUGCCGUUUGACUGUCAAUAUUUAAUAUCAAGCAUUUGGCAAAUAGUAUUUCGCACUAACUAUUUGCCAAUAUUUAGCAGUUAACAUGGCGCAUUGGCCUUCCUUACAUGACACGUUGGCCUUCCAUACAUGCGUAUUGGUUCAAGUGUUUAGAGGUUGUGUUGUUAACUUUAUGCUUUCGUUCUUUCGUUCAAUGAAGCAUAAAAUAAGAAAUUUUAGAUUGUCUUCAAGUUUCAUGCUUUAUUUUUCUCUUGUUGCUUUCUGUUAAGAUGCACGCUUAUUCAUUGGUUUAACAUGAGUUGUAUUUAAAAUGUAUAUAUGUUGAAAUACAUGUUCAGUGCAAUGUUAUAUGUUGAAAUGGUUUUGUUUUAUUCGUUGUUUUCAAAUUGUUGAGAUUUAAGUUUUUAAGGACACGCCUUCUAAUGUACAUUGAUUUCAAGUUAGCCAAGUACAUGGAUGAAAUAUCAAUGAUCAUAAUUAUAGGACUACUUUUCAAGACUAUGGAAAAAAGAUAAAAGUACAGCUGAAUGGCUUCAGAGAAAUGUUUUUAAUUUUCUUUUACUUUUUCUUGUAUUUGGCUUCUUCAUUAAAAUCAUUUUAAUCGUU